CGGCGGCGCCGGGGGAUGCUCGUGCUGGGCCCGGCCUCUCCCUCCUCAACUUAGGGCGGCGGCGGGCCCGCGCCCCUGGCUCCCGGGCCAUGGCGCUGAGGGAGCUCAAAGUGUGUCUGCUGGGGGAUACAGGUGUAGGUAAAUCGAGUAUCGUGUGGCGGUUCGUGGAAGACAGUUUUGAUCCAAACAUCAACCCAACAAUAGGGGCAUCUUUUAUGACCAAGACUGUCCAGUACCAAAAUGAGCUACAUAAAUUCCUAAUCUGGGAUACAGCUGGACAAGAACGACCCUACUUUUGCACAGAUAAGGAAGAACAGAUCCUCUACCAUUACCGUUUUCGUGCCUUAGCGCCGAUGUACUAUCGAGGGUCGGCUGCGGCCAUCAUUGUUUACGACAUCACAAAAGAAGAGACGUUCUCAACACUGAAGAACUGGGUGAAAGAGCUCCGACAGCACGGCCCGCCCAAUAUCGUCGUUGCUAUUGCUGGGAAUAAGUGUGAUCUUAUCGACGUCAGAGAAGUCAUGGAGAGAGAUGCUAAGGACUAUGCCGACUCCAUCCAUGCGAUUUUUGUGGAGACCAGCGCGAAAAACGCGAUAAACAUAAAUGAACUGUUUAUAGAAAUUAGUCGAAGAAUUCCGUCCGCUGACGCCAACCCGCCGUCUGGCGGCAAGGGCUUCAAGCUCCGGAGACAGCCUUCCGAGCCGCAGCGAAGCUGCUGCUGACCGAGCCUCGGCCUCCCAGACUUGAUGAUGAAGUAGGUGGUCCAGAAGGUUAACAGGAGGGCUGGGGUCCCUGCCGGCAGGUUUCGCCUCGCCGGUUUGGGUCUUCAUGCAAAAAGGACUCAAGAGAGGUUGGCCAGUUCCGCUUCCUCUUUGGAGGCUGCAGCAGUAACAUUUCCGUCUGCAGACCGCCGUCGUGUCACGAGUCUGGUGUGCAAAGGGACUGCAUCGAUGGCUUUUGACCUUGCUGAAAAGGAACAUGUAAUUGUACGGAUGGUAGGAUUAAAUUGUUGAGUAGUUUUGUAAUCAAGAUUUUAUGUAACAUUUGUAAAGGGAAAAUUAGCACUUUCAUGGUUCUUGAGGAAGAAAAGACCUUGCAGAGAUUGUAAUUUCCUUGGUUUCCCGUUACCACUGUUAGAGGGAAUCGUAUCAUUUAAAAUGUGGUAGGUGAUCGUAAGUGGAGGGAUGGCAAUCAUUAUUGGGAGCUAAACUGGGUUAUUUAUAGGACUGAUGGAAAUGACUCCGUCCGCACCAUCUCUAAAGCACUUUAGCCCAUGAUAACAUACAGUAAAUUAAUAACGGUAACAACAGAUGCAUAGCUCACCCGAGGUUUGCAUUCCAACCUCGUCCUGUAUGUGUCACAAAACACAUCACUGGCACCUUUUUAAAUAAGCUCUCAUGAUCAAGAUGGUGGCGGUAGAGAAGCUGCAUGGAAUAAAUUGAAUUGCGUAUGUUUGAACUGACUAGCAGUGGUUUAAAAAAGAGGAAGAAGAGAGAUAGUAAAGAAAGUGGUGUAAAUUCUGUCAAUUUUUUAUUUAACCCAGAUAUUUUGGUGGGGAAAACAGUUACCUGUUGCUUAGCAUAUGUAAAGUUGUAGUCUAUAUUUAUGAGACCAUUGCUUAAAGAUUAUAAAUUAUGUAAAUACAUGAAUAAAUUCUAUGUUUCACCCAACACUCCAUUUAA